AUGGGAACAGUAGGUGAAAAGGCCAAGGUAUCCCUGGAAGUUCGUGAGGUUAGAAAUGCCAGUGAUGAGGAUGUGAAUGAUCCAACAUCAAAGGAUUUCAUCCGAUUCAUGUCAGCAAAGCAAGGGAAUGACGGUACAACUAUUUAUGUACAUGAUCACACGUUACGGAAGACGAAAGUCAACGAAACGCGGUCAGUCGAAUUUCUUCUCUUCUAUAAACAAUUCGUGCUGAUCCAGAACUGUUACGAAAAAUUGAAUGGUCCGAAAUUGACGAGGUUUAUCGCACCCAUCGUGAGGAAACACGAGAUCUUGCCUUUCAAUUAUUCUGCUCGGAAAGCGGCUAUAUGCGAUUUUUCCCUGGUAGAGCUUUGUAAACAAAUUUUUGCGGAAAUCGUUAUAUUGUUUUUUUUCACAGCUGCGUCAUGGUUCUGGGAUAAUCAUGUAGAGCAUCUGGAUUUAUUCGACUGCAGGAAUACGCAGUGGUACAUCAACGCAGCGACAAAUUCGAAAAACGUAGUGAUUAUGUUAGAUAUGUCGGGUUCAAUGUUGGGUCAA